GCGACGAGGCACAACCAUCAUGGGCGGCGGCGGGUUGCGCAUCUUAGGACACAAGAAGUGGCAUGUCUGGACUCGCGAGAACAUCGAAAAGGUCCGCCGUGACGAGCGUCUCCAUGAAGAAAAGACAAAGAAAGAGACGCGGGAGAAGCGCAAGCGAGACCUGGACAGUCGUGUCGAACACCUCAAGAGGGCCAGGUCGACAACUGAAGCAACGACAACGAACGUGCCUCCGCCGUCCGAACUGAAUCAUAUCAACUUCUUCAAAGACGCAGAAGAGUAUCACAACAAGAUGCUCAUUGACCCUCCAAACCCCAAAGAGUUCCACGAAGAAGGUAUUGCACUGGGGGGAGAAUUGAAUCCCGCGUACAGAUCCCAACAUCCACCGUCCCAGCGACGCAAGCAGCAGGACGCCAAGAAGAGCCAUCCAACUCUGCCGUGGUAUGCACAUGCUAGAAAUGACGACAGGGUCGACGUGCACGACGACGCUUACAAACGGGACACGUUUGCCGAUCCCAUGGGAACCCUACUCACACGUCCUGCACCGUUUCUCGAAGCCAAGAAACCAGUCGUGUUGAAGCGCAUUGAUUUCGCGGGGGAUAAAGUUGUGAGCACUCGUGAUAAGGACGUUCCCGACUCGACGUCGAGCACUCGCUCCACGUCGAAGAAAGGCUCGAAAUCGUCGAAACUCAUGGACAAGUUGCGCGCCGAGCGCCUGGCACGAGAAGCUGCGGAAUCGUCAAAGCGACGAAGAUAAGGUAAAUUAAAAGCGGCGGUAGGCGGCAUCGUAGUACUCCUGGGUGGUAAAAAGGCCCUUCCAUCCUCGGCCGAUGCGGCUCCCUUCAAACUGUGCCAACACAUAGAGUGCCACAUGCGUCUCCAGGUACUUCAUCGCCAUCACAGCCAGCACCAGCACAAGGACGUACUCCCCGAGGUACGCGUGGUACACUGCGUCGCAAACGAGGGCGCCAAGCAUGUUGAUCCAGCACACAU